CCAUGGUGGCUUGGGCAGUGGAUGGAUAAGCAGCAACAGAGCAAAAAAAAAGUUUCUAAAACCUCAAUAGAGUAGCCGUUGAAGCAGAAGGAGAGACAGCGGAAACGGCAUGAAUUCUUCAUUAAUGCUACGCCGUUUCUUCUGUUUCAACUCAACAAGAACUGCAGUAACAGCAGCAUCUUCUACUUCUUCAAAGAAGAAACCCCUUGUCUUCUUGGGUUCUCCUCAGGUGGCUGCUACUGUUCUUGAUGCUCUUUUCAAUGCAUCUAAAGCACCCAAUUCUCUCUUUGAGGUGGCAGCUAUUGUUACACAGCCACCUGCAAGAAGAGACAGGGGUAAAAAGUUAAUGCCUUCACCAGUUGCUGAGUUUGCUCUUGAUACAGGCUUCCCUUCUGAUCUUAUUUUCACACCUGAAAGAGCUGGAGAGGAUACAUUUUUGUCCACUCUAAGAGCAUUGCAGCCUGAACUUUGCAUUACAGCAGCAUAUGGGAAUAUCUUACCAACCAAGUUUCUCAAUAUUCCACCAAUGGGGACGGUCAAUAUACACCCAAGUCUUCUGCCACUUUACCGUGGUGCUGCUCCUGUUCAAAGAGCAUUGCAGGAUGGUGCUAAGGAAACUGGGGUAUCAUUAGCUUUCACUGUUCGUGCUCUCGAUGCUGGACCUGUAAUUGCCUAUGAAACUCUGGAAGUUGAUGAUCAAAUUAAGAGCGUUUUAAGACUAUCUUGUUCAUGCUUGCAGGCUCCAGAUUUACUUGCAUUGCUAUUUUUGGAAGGAUCUAAACUUUUGAUUCAUGAGCUCCCUUCUAUACUUCACGGAUCAGCCAGGUUAAAAGCUCAACCCCAAGAUGAUUCCAAAGCUACCUUGGCUCCAAAGAUAUCUGUUGAGGAGUCAUGGUUAUCCUUUGAUCAAGAAGCUUCAGUCCUCCAUAAUAAGGUUCGUGCAUUUGCAGGGUGGCCAGGGACACGGGCUAAAGUAGCAAUUGUUGAUGAUGAAAAUGAUCGCCGCAAUAUUGUAGAACUUAAGAUUAUUACUACAAGAGUUUGCGACCGUAGCAUUGUUCAGGGUGAUGAAGCGGAUGACAUCACUUAUGUGAAGGAUUCGUUGGUGUUUCCAUGUGGAAGGUCUACAGCGCUUGAGGUAUUGGAACUCCAGCUUCCUGGGAAAAAGGUUUUUCGUGCAGCUGCCUUUUGGAAUGGUUUGCGUGGUCAAAAGCUGAAGAAACUGUAGUAGAGAAAACAUUAAAUCUGGACGGCUACAAACUACAUAAGCUGAGAUUUCGGCUAGAGGUAGGGAUUUCUUGAAUUUUUUCACAGAUAGCUUUUUCCUAAACUUUAUUUAUCCCAUGCAUUCUGCAUUGAUGUAAACCAAAAAUGAUUAUUGAUGUUUAUGCAAAACUUCGACUUUGUUCAAACAAGAGCUGUAUUGCAUCAUAGGUGAUUUUUCACUUGGGAGCUCAGAUGGCUCAAUUGAAUAUGUUUCCAUUGUGCUGUUCAGUGUAUUCCAAGUCGAAGGUUAGAAACUGUUAUUGUAAUCUAUAAGAUGUGAAUUCUUUGGAUCACAUCAUUCAUUCUUUUCUUUAGCAUAUGCUCAAUUGAAUAUAUGAUACUGUCCCAAUUGGGAGCUCA